CCUAACUAUGCUGCUUCCACCAUUUCGUCGAUGAUAUCCCGCCGACGGGUCUGGAGCGUUCCAAGGAUUGGCGAGGUGUUGGUAUAAAGGCGAGUUGUCGACUUAGUCUCUUGUCACCUAUCAAGCUACUGGAGUAGUUCCACGGCUACCGUCUCCCGGCACUCAGCAAACAUGAAGCUCUCGGCCACGUUCUCCGUCCUCGCCGCCGUGCUCCCAUACGCGCUCGCUCAGUCGCAGGAGUGGGGUCAAUGUGGUGGUAUUGGCUGGACUGGCCCGACGACAUGUGUUGCGGGCACAGUCUGUACGGUCAUGAACGCGUACUACUCCCAAUGUCUCCCUGGCAGCGCUUCGCCUUCCCCCACGUCAACUCCCGCCGCUCCGCCAACCUCUACCCCGCCAACCUCUACGAGUGCGCCGGCACCCUCCGGCUCUGGUCUCAACAAGCUCGCCCAGGCUGCUGGCAAGAAGUACUUCGGUACCGCGACCGAUAAUAGCGAGCUCACAGAUACGGCUUACACUGCCAUCCUCGACAACAUCGUUGAGUUCGGCCAGCUCACGGCAGCCAACUCCAUGAAAUGGGAUGCCACCGAACCGACUCGCGGUACCUUUACCUUCUCUAGCGGUGACCAGAUCGCCAACCUCGCCAAGGCGAACGGUCAGCUCCUCCGCGGACACAACUGUGUCUGGUACAAUCAACUCCCGAGCUGGGUGUCCAAUGGCCAAUUCACCGCCGCAGACCUGACGACGGUCAUCCAGAACCACUGCGGCACGCUCGUCGGCCACUACAAGGGCCAAGUCUAUUCCUGGGACGUCAUCAACGAGCCGUUCAACGAUGACGGCACCUGGCGCACGGACGUCUUCUACAACACGCUCGGUACGAGCUACGUCGAGAUCGCGCUCAACGCCGCCCGCGCUGCGGACCCGAAUGCGAAGCUGUACAUCAACGACUACAACAUUGAGCAGACAGGCGCGAAGGCCACCGCGAUGCUCAACCUCGUCAAGUCCCUGAAGUCGUCGGGCGUACCCAUCGACGGUGUCGGUUUCCAGUGCCACUUCAUCGUGGGCGAGGUGCCGACGUCGUUCCAGUCCGUCCUCGAGCAAUUCACCGCGGCCGGCGUCGAGGUCGCGAUCACGGAGCUCGACAUCCGCAUGCCGACGCCCGCAAGCCAGGCGAACCUCCAGCAACAGCAGAAGGACUACCAGAGCGUCGUGCAGGCGUGCAAGAACGUCGAGGGCUGUGUUGGUAUCACCCUCUGGGACUUCACCGACAAGUACUCCUGGGUUCCCAGUACCUUCUCCGGUCAGGGCGCGGCGUGCCCUUGGGACCAGAACCUCGUCAAGAAGCCGGCGUACAGUGGUAUUGUUGCAGCUCUCUAGAUUCCUUGUCAGGGCUACGUGGAUUCUCCGGUGCAAAAGUAUCUCUCAUGUAUGAUUUCCAUCAUUGCAGUCGAAUACAGUACAUUGCCUCUCUCCAAGGCGGCACGAUCUCCGGUAUCUUCACCCGUAUCUCUGAAGAUGUGAUGCUUUGCGUUUUGUUCACCACUUCUCGUGAGCCGGGCGGAAAUCCAACUCCCAGGUCCAGGCAGAGCGGUCCUGUUCCACCAAGUUCAGGUAGUUAUUCGCCAGGCUGGUCGCAUCCAGCCGGACAUCGAGGUCGUUCUUGUACCUCUCUGCCUCUUCACCCGACCGACGUUCAAGUCCUUGGCCGGUGAGUAUGGCUCCGUCGAUGAUGGCAUGAGCGACGUGGAUGUUCUGCUUCCCGAACUCCUUCGCAAGACUCUGGCUGAGGGCGCGAAUCCCGAACUUGCCUGCGGCAAACGUGCUAGUCGUGACGUUGCCCCUAAUGGACGCUGUCGCGCCGGUGAAGAUGAGCGUGCCUCGCUUUCCGCGCGCAUCAAGCGAGUUCUCCUUGAAAUUGAGGAUAGCCCCCCGCGAGAAGGCGAACGCGGCGGUGACGUUCACCUGCAGGGACUCAACGAUGUCCUCCUCGGUGACGUCGAGGAAGCCUUUCCGCACGCCCGAGCCCGCGUUCCACACACCAACGCGCAGCUCAGAAGGCCCUUCGGAGUUCCACUUGUGCGCGGAGAUGGUGUCGAACACGGACAGGGUGGCGCUGUAUGAGUAGUCCGGGACCGGGAAUGCUGCCGCCUCCCCGCCUUCGUUGUUGAUUUCGCCCGCUAAGCGGUUCAGGUGGUCAGCAUUGCGCGCGACGAGAGCAACACGAUAACCCUUCUUCGCAAAGAGACGAGCAGUCGCCGCCCCCGUGCCUGAUCCGUUUCCAAUUCCCGCGACAACUAACAGGGGUUUGGCCGACAUGUUUCAAA